ACAGACAGACAGGACAGACAGACAGGACAGGCGGCAUCUCCCUGCCCACACCCCCAGCCAGGGCACGAUGCCAAUUGCUGAGUUUUCGAUUCUCGAUUACAGACUGUUGAUUCCGGGCUGGAGUUUUAUUUUAUUUUACUUUAUUUUAUUUUAUUUUAUUUUAUUUUAUUUUAUUUUAUUUUAUUUUAUUUUAUUUUUUGUUUUAUUUUAUUUUAUUUUAUUUUGUUUUGUUGUUUUAUUUUGUUGUGUUUUGUUUUGUUUUAUUUUAUUUCGUUUCGUUUCGUUUUGUUUCAUUUUGUUUUACUUUAUAUUUCAUUUCAUUUUUUUUUUUAAAUUUUAUGUUUCUUUUCCUUUCCUUUCAUCUCCUUUUACUUCAUUUAUUAUCAUUUCAUUUUUUCUUUUUUAAACCAAUUAAACAAAAUAAUCCAUUCCAUUCUCCAGCAGGCCCCUCCUGCCAUUGCCCAGGGCCGCCCACGUGGAGAGAAUUGGCCGCAAUUUCUCCCCAGCCCCGAAUUUCUCCGAGCAUCAUCCUCAAAAUUCCAAUUAUCCAAAGCGCGAGCGCCGUCAUCAUCCUCUCCUCCUCUUCCUCCUCCUCCUCCUCCUCCUCCUCCCUCUCCCCCGCCUCCCUCCCGCUCCUGAAGCGCUGGCAAAGCCAUGAACUGGGAAUUUGAGAGGGAGAUGGGGUUUAUAAACAGCCAGCCCUCGCUCGCCGAGUGCCUGACGUCUCUGCCCGCUCUCCUGGAGACGUUCCCGACUUCAUCAAUCAAGGACUCGACGUUAAUUCCUCCUCUUCCUCCUCCUCCUCCUCCUCCUCCUCUUCCUCCUCCUUGUUGGGGCAGCCAGGCGGGACCGCGGAGCCGCAAGAGAGGAUUCCAUGGCCUGCUGCAAGUCCCGGCACAGCCCGAGUUCCCCUGGAUGAAGGAGAAAAAAUCGUCCAGGAGAAGCAGCCACGCUCCGGCCUCUUCGUCCUCACCAUCCUCCUCUUCCUCCUCUUCCUCCUCCUCCUCCUCCUCGCUGCCCGCCGCAGGAUCUCCCGCAGACCCGGCCGACACCAGCGGCUCCAGGAGGCUCCGCACCUCUUACACCAACACGCAGCUGCUGGAGCUGGAGAAGGAAUUCCACUUCAACAAAUACCUGUGCCGGCCCCGCAGGGUGGAGAUCGCGGCUCUGCUGCACCUCACCGAGCGCCAGGUCAAGGUGUGGUUCCAAAAUCGCCGCAUGAAGCACAAGAGACAAAGGCGGCGCCGGGAAGAACCGCACUUGGACGAGAGCAGCGAGCCCGAGGGGAGCUCGGUUCUGGCGGCAGCUCCGGAGAGCUCCGAGAGCUCCGGGGCGAGCGUGGAGCAAUCUUUGGUAGCCACGGGGGAGGGAUGCGAGUCCCCGGGGCUGCCAGGUGGGGAUUUUUCACAGGGUUUCGCCCCAGCGCUGCCCGGAUCCCUGCAGAGCCCCCUGCGCUUCUCCGAGGAGGAGCUGGAAUGGUUCAGCAGCGCGCUCUGGAGCAGGGAGCUGCAGCAGCUGGAGCUGGGACACUGCCACGAGAUGGUGGAGAACGAGGGUUCGGGGUACUGA